AUGUCUACAAAAGAUUCCUGGAGAAGGUAUUUGGAGAUUUGGUGGAAUGGAAUCAAAAGUUUACCGGAGACGACCUCCAUACAUGGUUUUAGAUUUAUUGCUGAUACUCAAAGACAUUGGAUGGAAAGGCUUUUUUGGUUGGUAGUGGUAGCUCUUUCCUGGUACGGUUCGUCCCUGUUGAUCGCAGCACAAUACGACGCCUUUCAGAACAAUCCCAUAUCGUUCGUUGUGGAGACAACCUACAAGGAUUGGAACACGGAAUUCCCCACCGUGGUUGUUUGCGAAAAUGACAAUUCAAACCGUGUGGAAGCGAUCUCGGAUGGUUUAUGGGGAGAAGACCACGAUUUCAACAUGGAAGAAGUGUUAAAAGAACUAGCUUUUUUUAAAGGAAUCACUUACUACACGUCCGAGUUUUGUAACUUAGUGGACCCACUGCCUGAUUGUAUGCAAACGAAUUUAACUUAUUACGCCAACUUGGUGAGAAGUACCUGUCAGGAGACACUAGCAAACUGCUCGUGGAAUGGCAUCCCAUUUGAGUGCUGCAAGUACUUCAGGCCUAUGGAUACUGAGCUCGGAACGUGUUUCGCUAUUAACACAUUGCAAGGAAGAGAGAAGAAUGCUCCCAAACUGGACAUGGUGAGUAAUCGUACUACGGGACCAGGUGCAAUCAAAUUCGAUGUGAUGGUGACUGCAAACAUUUACAUUCUGAAUGAGGAAGAAGUGCCCACACUCACUACCAUAGGGUCGGAUGUUUUAACAGUGGGACCAGAAAUAUUUCACAAGCGUUACAUAACUAUACGAAACAUAGAAAAUGAUGCGGGGGCACGAUUGAUAUCUCCUGAAAAACGAAAAUGUCGCUAUACUGAUGAAAAUUUCUUGCAAGUUUAUCACCACUAUUCGUACACGGCCUGUACUGUACAAUGUCGAAAGGAUGCACAGUUGGAACUUUGUAAUUGUACCAAUUAUUUCAUGCCAAACGUUCCAGAGCACCUCAGGUGUAAUGUCAGUGGCAUUAUCUGCUUGAAUUCCCACGUCCAUGAACUUUCAGUCCUUAAAGCCAGUUGGUCGUCUCGCGCCGGUUUGUCCUGCAACUGUCUGCCGUCAUGUACGGAAGCAGAGAUCACGAUCACGAAGGACUUCAAGUUAAUAACGCCUGAUGGUUACGCGAGCGUUCAGAUAGAACUUGCAGUACUGCCCAGUGAACGCUACAGGAGGAAUGUUGUACGCGGCGUACUGGAUUUAGUAGUGUCUACCGGUGGGACCGGUGGAUUAUUUCUCGGUGCCAGCAUCCUCAGCUUUGUAGAACUAUUCUACAUAUUGUUAAUUCGUCCAUUUUGUGACAUAUACAGUCAGCGGGAUGAUGACCCGUGGCAUAGAAGAUUUGGUUUGCGUAGCCUCCAAGACAAUAAGUUUAUACCGAAUUGGGGCUGGACGUACGAUCGCAAGGUUGAUGACAAAGAUAACGCGAAGGUAGAAUACAGCAAUCGUUAA